AUGACACAAAUAAAAGUGGACGCCUUAAUAACCAAUCAAUUCCUGGCAGCGGAUCUCCGUGAAAUCCGUCAAAUGCAAGAGGAGAGCAAGAGGAAACCGCCAAAAACGGAAAUUGUUUGGAGGAAUGUGUUCUUGUUUGCGGCUCUUCAUAUUGGAGCACUGAUUGGGCUCUAUCAGUUGGUGUUGCAGGCAAAAUGGGCAACCGUUGGAUGGGUUUUCCUCCUCCACACACUCGGAUCCAUGGGUGUCACUGGCGGAGCCCAUCGCCUCUGGGCUCAUCGCUCGUACAAAGCUCGUUUCCCAAUGAGAGUCUUCCUGAUGCUCAUCAACUCGAUCGCCUUCCAAAAUGACAUUAUCGAGUGGGCCCGAGACCAUCGGUGUCAUCAUAAAUGGACGGAUACGGAUGCUGACCCACAUAGCACGAAUCGAGGAAUGUUCUUUGCUCAUAUGGGAUGGUUGUUGGUGAAGAAGCACGAGCAGUUGAAGGUCCAGGGAGCCAAGUUGGAUUUGAGUGAUUUGUAUGCGGAUCGGGUUCUGAUGUUUCAGAGAAGAAACUACCUUCCCUUGGUCGGAAUCUUCUGCUUCGCUCUUCCCACCUUCAUCCCCGUCUACUUCUGGGGUGAAUCUGCACUCAUCGCCUUCUACACCGCCGCUCUCUUCCGCUACACCUUCACCCUUCAUGCCACAUGGUGCAUCAACAGUGUCUCUCAUUGGAUCGGCUGGCAGCCAUACGAUCAUCAAGCCUCCUCAGUUGACAACCUCUGGACAUCAGUUGCUGCGGUUGGAGAAGGCGGACACAACUACCAUCACACGUUUCCUCAAGACUACCGUACUUCGGAACACGCCGAGUUUUUGAAUUGGACAAGAGUACUGAUUGAUGUCGGUGCCACGUUGGGUCUGGUUUAUGACCGUAAGACUACAGCUGAGGAGGUUAUUGAGAGACAGUGCAAGAAGUUUGGAUGUGCCGAGGAGAGAGCAAAGAUGCUACAGAAGCUGGGCUAG